CCAAAUUGUACUGCAACUGAGCGAGCCAUUGCAAGACUUGCAACACACCCCAUCUUGAAACCCAGAUUUGUUGAACUUAAAGCUGCUGUGAAAGCUUUUAAGGAAGCGAGAAAGAGCACAGCCAAAGCCACUCCUUCGGAAAACUCCAAGUCAGAAGAAAAGCCUAAAUCAGUGCAACAUUUCAAUAGCAAUUUGGAUGGCCAAGCUCUUAAGCUGUCUCAAAAACAGCAAGGAUGUGAACACAAAACAAAAAGGAGUAUGCAAAUAGAAACUGACGGGGUGGCUGAAGAACUUAAUGAGAGUGAAUCUGAGCAGAAAACUGUGGAAAUUGAGAGAGCAUAUGCUUCAGAAGAAUCUUCAUUUCAGGCAGUAGAAGUGCAAGCAGUCAGUCAGAAUAAAACAAGCAAGAAACUUGGCUACCAAAAAAGGAAAGAAAAUAUGAGCAUGAACAAAUUAAAUGCAAUAAAAGAAAUAACUAAUGAUGAUAAUGACCAGGAGCAAGCUAAUGAAGAGGAGUACUUUGAUGAUAGUACUGAAGAGAGGUUUUAUAACCAGUCAUCAGAUUCUGACAGUGACAGCAAUGAUGAUUUCUUCAUUGGCAAAGUAAAAAGAAAGAAAAAGAUAGCAGAAAAAAAUACUGAUCUUCCUUCAGCAAAAGAAGAGGAUAGACUUCAGAAAAACAUAGUGAAGAAAGAAACGAACACAGCACAAGAUUUGAUCAUGGAAGAAGGAAAGACACACGCAAAAGGAAGCAAGCUAGAAUCAAUGUUCUGCAGUUCUUUGUCUACCUCUAAUCAGAAAUCUCAAAGUAGAAGAAGAAAUACUAAAGACCGGUCUCUCAAAAAUGGAAGAACAGCUCUUCUUAAAAAGGAACCACAGCUCAAGAAGCAACCAUUUGCAAAAACUGCAGGUAUUAAAAGCGACAUUAAAAAAGCGUGUUUGGAGCAGCCUCUUCAUCCUUCAUGGGAAGCAAGCAGGAGACGCCGGGAACAAAUGUCUCAAAUUACAGCAUUCCAAGGGAAAAAAAUUAAAUUUGAUGACUAG